ACCCAGGAGUCCUGGUUCCUAGCCCCCCUCUGCUCUAACCACUAGACCCCACUUCCCCCUUGAGUGUCUGGACCCAGAGUCAGCCCGGUGUGUUAUCUGCGUCCGGGUCCCUUCCUGUGGGGGUGGGGAAGGUCGCAGCCCCCAGAGCGUCUCCUGUGCCAGGGAGUAAAGGUCGCUGGCUGGGGAGGGUGUUUGCCAGGCACAGGCCAGGCUCAGCCAGGCAGCUGGCCUCCGGACUCCUGGGUUCUAUUCCACCUCUUCCGUCCCUCCCAGCGUCAGUUUCCCCACAGCACCUGCUAGCGCCCCCCAGCGAUGGCGGAGGCUCACCAGGCCGUGGCGUUCCAGUUCACGGUCUCGCCCGAGGGGGUCGACCUGCGGCUCAGCCAUGUGGCCCUGAAGCAGGUCUACCUGGCCGGCCUGCGCUCCUGGAAGAAGAAAAUCACCCGGCUACGGAACAGCCUGCUGACGGGCGUUUUCCCCGCCAGCCCAGCCAGCUGGCUAGUCAUGGCCACGGCCAUCCUGGCCAGCCAGGCCUCCCGCCUCGACCCCUCCAUGGGGCUCAUCGGCAAGAUCAAGGAGCACCUUCCCGCCAGCGCCUACCUGUCGGAGCCGGCCCGGGCGGGGCUGGGGGCUCUGGCCUUCGCCACCCUGCUCUGGCUGGGGCUGGUGGUGACCAUGCGGGGCGCCCUGCGGGCCCUGCUCUGCUACCACGGCUGGAUGGACGAGGAGCACGGCCACACCUCGCUCGCCACCAAGUUCUGGCUGGCGCUGGUGAAGAUCUUUGCCGGCCGUAGGCCCAUGCUGUACAGCUACCAGGCGUCCCUGCCACGCCUGCCCGUGCCCCCCAUCAGGGACACCGUGCAGCGGUACCUGGAGUCCGUGCGCCCCCUGCUGUCGGACCCGCGCUUCCAGCGUGCGGCCGCCCUGGCCCGGGACUUCGAGCGCUCGCUGGGCCCCCGUCUGCAGUGGUAUCUGACCCUCAAGUCCUGGUGGGCCACCAACUACGUGAGCGACUGGUGGGAAGAAUACGUUUACCUGCGGGGACGGGGCCCCCUGAUGGUGAACAGCAACUACUAUGCCAUGGAUUUCCUGUACGUCACCCCGACCCCCAUGCAGGCAGCCCGGGCGGGGAACGUGGUCCAUGCCCUUCUCCUCUAUCGCCGUCUGCUGAACCGGGAGGAGAUCAAACCGCUGAUGAUCCAGGGCACCCUGCCCAUGUGCUCUGCGCAGUACGAACGCAUGUUCAACACCACCCGUGUCCCUGGAGUGGAGGCAGAUUUGCUGCAGCAUCGGCAGGACAGCCGGCACGUGGCUGUCUUCCACGCCGGCCGGUUCUUCCGUGUGGGGCUGUACCACGGGGGGCGGCUGCUGGGCCCCCGCGAGCUGCAGGCCCAGUUCCAGCGGAUCCUCGACGACCCCACGCCCCCGCGCCCGGGGGAGGAGACCCUGGCCGCCCUGACCGCCGGGCCCCGGGAGCCGUGGGCCCGAGCCCGCCGGUCGUACUUCGGGUCGGGCCGGAACCAGGAGUCGCUCCGGGCGGUGGAGCAAGCUGCCUUUUUCCUCACGCUGGACACCACCGAGCAGGGGCUGCUGGGCCCCGAGCCGGGCCGGGCGCUGGACCAGUACGCCAAGGCCCUGCUGCACGGGCAAUGCCACGACAGGUGGUUCGACAAAUCCUUCACCGUGAUCAUCUUCCGCAACGGCAAGAUAGGGCUGAACGCGGAGCACUCCUGGGCCGACGCCCCCAUCAUGGGCCACCUCUGGGAGUACACGCUGGCCACGGACAUCUUCCAGCUGGGUUACAGCGCGGAUGGUCACUGCAAGGGGGAGCUGGACCCCGACAUCCCCCCGCCCCAGAAGCUGCAGUGGGAGAUCCCUGGGGAGUGCCAGCGGGUGAUCCAGGACUCCCUGCGGGUGGCUCAGGCCCUGGCCGACGACGUCGAUUUCCACACGUUCGCCUUCAAGGACUUCGGCAAGGGGCUGAUCAAGAAAUGCCGCACCAGCCCCGACAGCUUCAUCCAGCUCGCCCUGCAGCUGGCGCACUUCCGGGACAAAGGGAAGUUCUGCCUGACCUACGAGGCCGCCAUGACGCGGCUCUUCCGCGAGGGGCGCACGGAGACCGUCCGCUCCUGCUCCAUCGAGUCCUGCAACUUCGUCCGCGCCAUGAUGGAUGCUGCCCAGAGCACCUCCCAGCGCCUGGCCCUGUUCCGUGUGGCAGCCACCAAGCACCAGACCCUGUACCGCCGGGCCAUGAUGGGCGCGGGCAUCGACCGACACCUCUUUUGCCUCUACGUGGUCUCCAAGUACCUGGGUGUGGACUCCCCUUUCCUCAGGGAGGUGCUGUCGGAGCCAUGGGGCCUCUCCACCAGUCAGACCCCCAUCCAGCAGUUCGAGCUCUUCGACCUCAAGAAACAUCCUGAUUACAUCUCCUGUGGGGGCGGCUUCGGGCCGGUGGACGAUAACGGCUAUGGGGUGUCGUACAUCAUCAUUGGCGAAGACCUGAUCACAUUCCACGUCUCCUGCAAGUUCUCCAGCCCCGAGACGGACGCUCACCGCUUCGGGGCCAACAUCCGGACGGCUCUGCUCGACCUCCGGGCUCUCUUCAACCUGCCCACCAAGUAGCCUGAAGAUGCGCUGCGGGGGGGGGGAAUGGCUGGUUUUCCCCCCUGCCAAUAAAGCAAUGGGGCAUGGAGACCCUG